UAAUGACAAGGUGUUGUUUUGACACGCUUCUUUCCACCAUGUGAUUGGUCAUCCAUGGAUGAUUGAUUCAUCACGUACAGUAACAAAAACUCUGAACGACAUGGCUGGGUUUGAAGCGUCCGAGUUGCGGCAGGCGGCAGCUUCACGCUUUGGCGGCAUUGGCAUCCUCGAGGACAUUGGACUGCAACUAUGUGCCUUGCAAGAAACACCCGAAGUCCGCGUGGACAACCCAGUGGUGGUUGUGUUCUCGGACGACCAGGAUAACGCUACGAAUGCAGUUCGAGUUGUGGCGGCUGCAUCGCAAGUAUCGUACCACGCUGUGCAAGUGGUCAAAACCGAUGCGCUCGACAUGGAGCAGUGCUUGCAUGCUAUGCAUCAAGGACGAGAUGCCAUCAAAAAGACACUGCUGGACAACCACCACGCCAUGGUGAUCGUCGGACUCCCUGCCUCGCCUGACUUUGCAGCGACCGCCGCCUCGCUCCUCUCGACCAAAUCCGGACAAGACCCGAUGACGCUGUUGGUGGCUACGCAUAGCCCCGUCGUGGCUGCCAUCUGCGGCGCCGUCGUCGAAGCCGCGGCGCACAAAAUUCCUGUCGUCCUCGACGGCCUUGCCGCCAUUGUGGCGGGUGUGAUGGCCGCUCAACUCGCCCCGCAUGCGACUCGCCACGUGCUGUUUGCCGCCAACAGCCAACCUCCGCACGAGUCUCAACUUCAGGACACAGUUGGCUUCAGCAGCCAACUACGUCGACCCUCCAUCACACACAUCGCCGUGCCGCACCUUCCUUGUGGCGUCGGCGGCCUUCACGUUUUAGCGCUUCUCCGCACGGCGUCACUCUUGAUGUCUUCCUUAAGUCUUCCCAAACACCCCCCGACCAAACCUAUCGACCCGCCUCCUGCCACCGCCCCAUCAACGCCAUCCGGUCCGUCGUCCGUCGUCGACGGGUUGCUGCCACCCCCCCCCGAGCUCCGCAUAUUCCUCACGUCCGUCAUGUUUCUCACGCGGCUUCCAGCCUACAUGAUCAUCCCCGACCUAGACCACAACGUCCGGGAGCUCGUGCCCUCGUUCUGCUACUUUCCGUGCAUCGGGUGGGCCGUGGGGGCGUUCGCCGCCGUGUGGCUCGUGGGGGGCCUCGUCCUCUUCGGGUCUACACCCGUCGCCGUCAUCCUGUCGACGUUUGCGUCCGUGUGGCUCACGGGGUGCUUCCACGAGGAUGGAGUCGCCGACACUUUCGACUCGUUCGGGGGCGGGUGGUCCAAGGAUGACAUCCUGCGCAUCAUGAAGGACAGUCGGCUCGGCACGUACGGAUGCAUGGGACUGCUGCUUAUGACCGCGCUCAAGUUGGCCGUGCUCGCGCACCUCGUAGACACGACCACCACCACCACCACCGUAGUAGACCCCCCCCUCUUCUCGAUCGUGUCGGGCACCCUCGUCGCCGGCCACGUCCUCGGGCGGUACUCGUCGCUGUUCAUUUUGCAGUUUUACCCGUACAUUGAAGACGAGAGAGACCCCAAGGGCCCGUUGUACAAUGGAAUCGGAAACAACCUGCACCUGCUCACGUCGUGGCGGGUGUGCACAGCUACGGUCUUCACGGCGCUGUCGAUGGUGUCGCUGCUAGGAACGUCAUUGGGAUUGUGCGCGUUUUCUGUCGGCCUGCUUGUAUCGUUUCUGGCGGGGCAGUACUUUUCGGGGGUGCUGGGGGGGGUUAUUGGCGACUGCCUCGGGUGUGCCAAUCAAGUGGUCGAAGUCGCCGUGUAUCUCACUGUCGUGGCCGUUCUACACAUCAGCACCAGCAACUGGGGGCUCAAUGGGCUGUAGGCAACCACGGCUGUAUAAAUCAAAAAUAGCUUUUUGCCAGUAACGA